AUGGCUGAUACACUGUGCGCCAUUUCAUUGCAAAUGAGAGAGUUCGUGGCGACGAGUAUUGGUCAAGGGUUGGUGUUGGUUUACACGGGUAUAACCCAGUAUUUUGCCUGUGCGACGAAUUUUUUCCCCACAUCUCCGUACAAGAUUCAACCAUUCCACGAUCAACCAUCCCAGCAAGGUAACUUGAAGCCAUAUAUUAUCGAGGAAGCCAUCCUCCAAAAGUUCUACAUACUCUUCUAUCGUUCUGAAAACCACCGAUUUUUCUUCUUCCGCCUCCAGACAGGUCCUUAUCAUAAGGGAGCCAAAUGGAACUAUCGUGUCAUUGAUCCUCUUCAGGGAGAUGGCACACACAAAUCCUCGGCUUCCGAAGUUGAGAUCUUACCAGAAAAUGGGAUCUUAGAUACUCCUCAAUGGCUCGCUAUGUUGUUUCCAAGCUUUUCUGCGCCAAAUGAUCAACAUGCUGAAGAGAACCUGAAGCAUGAAUAUGAGAACUACUUUGUUCCCAGCAUCGCAUCGGACGUGUGCUUCCGGAAGAUGUACGACGUGAUUGGUGAUCCUGUGAAUAUCGGCAGUGGUGAUGGUGGAAGCAUAUCGUAUAUUGCUUCCGAAUGGCUCGAGACCACUCUGGAGGAUGUGCAAUACAGGCCUUGCAUGCGUACCUAUGCCACAAUCCGAGGCUAUAAUAAAGACAGUGUUGAGAAGCUGCACCAGCCUGGCUGA